UCGCUUUGCCAACACUAGACCGCUGCACCGUAAAUAAAUCGGAGUUUUCUUUUGUCGGGUGAAAACUGUUUUCGUUUGAAGAAUUAAUCAAAACAAUUUCCUUUAAACCUAUGGUCACGUCUGUGGCCAGGGUACCGAGUCGCGAAUGUAAACACCGAUUGCGGUUGCAGUUGCAGAUGCAAAUGGAAUGGCUUAGUCUCUGUGCUUGCGCGAGUGUGUGUGUGUGUGUGUGCGUAUGUGUGUUAGUGCUUGUGUGCGAAUGUCAAUUUGAAUUUGCAUAAAAAAUAAAAAAGCAAUUAAAAUGCAAAGAAUGUACGCCACGCUGCGGCUGGCAACCUUGACUUUCUGGAUAUUAAUCGUUACCCAAACUCAGCGAUUGCCGUUAGCAUCAUCGCUGCCAGCAGCGGCUCCCUUAUCAUCAUCAUCAUCAUCCUCCGCUUCAGCUGCUCCCUGCGAUAGGAGUCGAAAAGUUUUCACCGAUCCCUAUGGCGAGAUUAGCGAUGGCCCACCCAGUCGCAAUUAUACACAAGAUUCACAUUGCGAGUGGCUGAUCAAGGCUCGAAAUGAUAGCCAAUUCAUUACACUCACAUUCCAUAGCAUGGGCACAGAGUGCUCCUAUGAUUAUAUCUAUGUGUAUGAUGGGGAUUCGUUCAAUUCGACGCUGCUGGGAAGCUUCAGUGGACGCACUCAGCCCCAACGUCUGGUGGCCAGGAGUGGAAGUAUGCUCAUCCUCAUGUAUAGCGAUACGAAUUAUGUUUUGGAUGGCUUCCGAGCCUCUUAUUAUAUAUCCAAUUGUCUGAAUAAUUGUCACAAUCAUGGCAAAUGUGUGGGCCAUCAGUGUGUAUGCCAUGGCGAAUGGGUUGGCCCGGAUUGCGAGGAUGAGGCCUGUCCCCAGAAAUGUGGCGAACAUCAAGGACGCGGCAAAUGUCAGAAGAGCAUAUGCCAUUGCUCAUAUGGCUGGAGCGGCAGAUUGUGCGAUCUAAGCGAUUCACCAGCUGGUAGUAGUUGGCGUUGGCUGGCAACCGAUGCCGAAGGCAUGACCCCUCGAGCUGCUCACACAGCCGUCUAUAUGGAUGAUGAGGAUGCACUCUAUGUGUUUGGUGGCUACGAUCUGAAUCAUGUGAUUACCACUCUCCAGAUUUAUCGGUUUAGCUCUAGUCAAUGGGAAGAUGAAUGGGGUAUUCCUCUCCAGAGUCGACGGCAUUUCUAUCAUCCGCAUAAAAUCGAUCAUACCCUCCUAAAGGCAGUGCUCCAGCAUAAAAACGAAGAUGAGGCCAAACUUUGGGGAUUAAAUAGCGAUGUUAGCUUCUUUCGCAACAUUUUGUACACAUUGGCGGAAUCGAAUUUACAUCAGCGUCGAACCCGAUCCUCGUUGCCUCUGACCAUAGUUAAUGCAAAUUCCACGGAUGAAGAAUUAAAUGAAUAUCUUGAGGAUAUACUGGAUGAUGUGGUGACGGGUCCGCCAGGACGUUAUGGACAUGCUGCUGAUCGUGUUCCGGGCGGAUUUGUUAUCUUUGGUGGCAAACAUGCCAAUGGUAGUUUCUACAAUGAUCUCUGGCUAUAUAAUAAUACUGUGAGUGGCACCAAAUGGAAACAAAUGGCAGUGGGAUCACAUUUAAAGCCACCUCCCCUGGCUAGGCACACCCUGAACACAGCUGGCGAUAAUCAUUUGUAUCUUUUUGGUGGCAGUCUAGAGACUGGAGAAUUCUCCUCGAGCAUAUAUCGCAUUGAAUUGCCCUUGACGGAGGAUUCACAAUGGGAACUCGUGCAACCAAGAGGUGGCAAGACUUUGGAUGUCCGUUUGGCUGCCCAUUCCACUGUGUAUUACAAGGGAACCAACUCAUUGAUUGUUUUUGGUGGCAUUAUGACCAGUUUGGCGCGUUUUUCCAAGCUAUCGGAUAGAAUAUUUGCCUUUCAAUUGGAUCAACAGCAUUGGACAGAGAUUCUAUAUCCCCGAACAGCGUUGCGGGAUACAAAUAUUCCAAGGGAGAGAGCUUUUCACACGGCAACCAUAUCGGGCAACUAUAUGAUUGUUUUUGGCGGCUAUACCCAUCGUCAUAACAAGGAUGAAAUCUGUUAUGAUAAUCAAAUGUAUUGGUAUCAUUUAAGUUGUCACAUUUGGAUUAAUCAGGUGAUCUCCGAGGAUGAUAGUUUGUAUCCCAAGAGGCAGGGUGUCUUUGCCCAGGCAGCUGCAUUGCGUCGCAAUCACACGCUACUCAUUGUGGGCGGCUAUCAUGGCAAUGUGAAUGCUGAUCUCUUUGCCUACGAAUUGCCCCAGGUGUUGCGUGUGGAGAAUAAGCUAUAUAAUCCCGAGAUGUCAUGUCGUUUGCAUUCUUCCCAUACGGCUUGCCUCUCGAAUCCCGAAUGUGGUUGGUGUUCUGCCGAUAGUAGUUGCUAUGGACGCACAAUUGGUGCCAAUUGUACUACAAAUCUGCAGACAACACGUUGCCCUGGCAUUUGUCCCUCUCUGGGGGAUUGUCAUUCUUGUCUCGUGCAUGGCUCGCGCUGGAGUGGCGAUGUCAGUGAUUCGUCAUCGGCUGCCUUUUCGGUGGCCACCAAAUUGGGCCUAAACGAAUGCACUUGGUGUGUCCAGAAUGCACGUUGUCAUCAUCGUGAUGAUAAUUAUGGCGUCUGUGGUGAUAGUUCGGGAUGGUGGGGCGCCCAGGGCACUGAAAUACGACAACCAGCUCUCUGCACAAGUCACGAUCGUCGUCCGGGACUCACGUAUAUCAAGUAUCAUUAUCCCAUCAAUAUGACCAUGCCGGAUUAUGUGGCCAUUGUGAAUGCUACCAUGGUGGAUUUUGCUGCACCGCCACCAACCACACAUUUUGAACAGAAAUUGGAGGGAGAAAUGUUGGCACGUCUUUUGGGUUUCGUUCGCCCACAACCUCAAUGGAAUAAUUCAGCUAUUCGCGUUUGCUCUAGCUAUUCAUCGGCCGUUUUAAGAGCUGGCUUGGGUCUGAAUCUUGAUGGACUGACCAAUGUCACGGCACAAAAUUCAAAUCAAUCGUAUUGCAGUAAUGUCCCUUUGCCCAGCAUUGAUCAGCCUUUUCUUAUAGAUUUUCAGGCACGUCGUCGCAUUGGCUUGAAUCAAAUCUAUAAUAAUUAUCGAGCUAAAAUGGAAUUGCAACAUUUGCAUGCUGGUCAAUUGAAUGCUUUCACUUUUGAAUAUUUGGAACCAUAUUAUUCUGGUGAUUGUACACAAUAUUCCAAUUGUUUGUAUUGCCUAACAGAUGCCUCCUGUUCGUGGUGUCCAUUGACAGCGAAAUGUCAUUUGAAAUCGGUUAAUGAGAGUGAGGUUUGUGUGCGGCGAGACGAGGAGGCGGAGCAAACGCAUUGGGCCUAUCUCAUUAGUCAGCCAAGUCAGUGUGCCAAUUGCUCGAAUUAUGUGAGUUGUGAGGCGUGUGCCGGGAGCGGAGAAUGUGAAUGGUGGACAGAGGAUGCACGCUGUGGUCGCUUGGGUAAAUCUAAUGGCAGUGUACGCGCCAUAGCCGAAUGUCCGAGAUCAUGCCGCGAACGUCAGGGUUGCCAGGAAUGCUUGGGCGAACGUGGACGUUGCGUCUGGUGUGAGGCAAGUCGACAAUGUUUCAGUUUCUCUGUCUACACGAGUGAAUACCAGUUUGGCAUGUGCCGCGAAUGGAUGGAUCAGGUGGUGCCCAGACAGCCACAGCAGCAACAGCAUCAGCAAACGCAAUCAACUGGCGAUUUUCUACCCCAACAACAAUGUAAAUCCUGUGAACAGCAUCGCAAUUGCUCCUCUUGUCUGCGUACUUUAAGUUGUGGCUGGUGCUUCGAUCGCGACAAUCCCAUUGAGGGUCUCUGCAUGCACGGCGAUUUUAGCUACAGUUCCGGAAAUUGUUCACUCGCCCUGAACAGCUCCAGUCAACAUGAUGCCGAAUGGGCGUAUGCCCAGUGCCCGGAUGUAGAUGAAUGUGGUCUGGGCUUGCAUGAUUGUCACAAGGAGGCCAAGUGCACGAAUACCCAAGGCAGUUACAAUUGCCAUUGUCGUCGUGGCUUUGUGGGCGAUGGACGUUUUAGCUGCCAAAGGACAUGCUAUGAAUUCUGCCAGAAUGGACAUUGCUCCGGGCCACCGGACUACAUCUGCCGUUGUAAUCUUGGAUGGACAGGCAGCGAUUGUAGUUUGAAUUGUGGCUGCAAUAAUCAUUCGACUUGCACGGAGCGACAGGGUAAAUGUGAUCAAUGUCAGGCCUGGACAGAGGGUGAACGCUGUGAAAGAUGUCGCCAGGGCAGCUUUGGUAAUGCCACCUCCACCCAGGGCUGUCAUCCCUGUGAGUGUAACGGCCAUGGCAAUCAGGAUUUGGGCAUUUGUAAUGUCAGCAAUGGGGAAUGCUUUUGCAAGGAUAAUACCCAAGGACUCAAGUGUGAUAAAUGUGCACCCGGCUAUUAUGGUGUUCCCCUGGAUGGGGGUCAGUGUUACUAUCAAUGUGAAUCACGUGGCAUUUUAACGGGCAUUGGACGCAGUGCCAUUGGCUCGUAUCAAUCGUAUCGUUCCCCAUGGGGUGCCAGCAUCGAGGUACGCGAAUGUCUUUGGAUCCUGCAACCGAAAAUUCUACAAGCCGAGAAAUCUUUACUUCAAUUGGAAUUCCAAUGGCAGACUCUUGUAAUGGAUUGCGAUGAGAAUGCUGUGUAUAUCUAUGAUAGUUUACCAGAUCUUACGGGUGCUGCCCAGCAGAAUCAAUUGCUGGCUGUAAUCUGUUCACCCUACAGUUCGGCACGCAUCAUUGAGGCACGUUCCAGUCAUGUCACCGUCUACUAUAAACAGGGUAGCGAACGUCGUCAUUUUGGUUUCAAUGCUUUGUAUUCGGUGAAGAAUUGUGCCGCCGGCAGUUGCUUGCCUCCGCAUGUCUGUGAUUCCCAGCAAAGAUGUGUGUGUCCGGCUGGUUAUGUGGGCGCUCGCUGUGAAGUGGAAAUCUGUCCGAGUAAUUGUAAUGCCAAGCGAAUGCAAGGCUACUGCGACAUGGAAUAUGGACGUUGUAUUUGCAGUAAUGGCAGCUAUGCUGGUUCGGAUUGUGGAACUCUGGUGCAGAGAAAUCAUUUGGUUCUAACCGAACUCUUUAAUACACAACUUUUGUCCGAGGCAUUUGAACAUUUGCGUAAGACAAUUCCACGUUUCGGUCACUCGGUGAAUGCGGAUCGUCGGGGCUCGCUAUGGAUGUUUGGUGGCUAUUCCCCCAGUCAUGGACCACUCAAUGAUUUCCGACAAUUUGAUACGAAAAAUGGCACAUGGCUGCAAGUUACAGUGGAAUCAUCCACUCCAGAGGAUCGUAUGCCCUUGGGACGUUAUUUUCAUGCCGCUGAGAUAUUUGUGAAGAAGCAAAUAAUCUAUAUAUACGGUGGCAUUGGUCAGGAUUCGCGUUUGCUGAAGGAUUUCUGGAUGUUCUCCAUACAGAAUCAACGUUGGAGUCAAAUUGCUGUAGAGAUUGAGUCCUCAUCGAGGGGUGAAUUGCCACCAGCUUUAGCUGGUCAUACACUAACCCAUUUGAGGUACCAAGAUCACGAGAGUCUCAUUCUUUUGGGUGGCUUAACGCUGAACAAAUCCCGUCCACUGGAGCUAUGGGAAUAUAAUUUAGAUUCCGGCCAAUGGCAAGAGUUGGCAGCUCUGGGAGCCCGCAUGCCUGUUCUAUAUGGUCAUAGCUCUGUAUAUCAUGCUGAGACGCAUAGUGUUUAUGUCUUUGGUGGUUAUGCCACAGAGCCGCAGAAUCUGUUAUAUGCCCUGGAUUUAAAUAAAUUGAGUUGGACGGAAUUGCCAAGUUUCCGGGAGCUGAAUGCUCCAUCGACUCUAAUGCCGCGUGCAAGGUAUUUCCAUUCAGCCGUUAGUACGGAUCACUAUAUGGUUGUCUAUGGUGGACGUACCAAGCCGUAUAAUGCCAGUGAUGUUCUAAUUGCCUAUGUCUAUGCCUGUAAUCAGUGGGUACGUCUGACCGAGGAUGUGGAACUUAUAGGACGUCUGCCGCCGGCCAGUUAUGCUGAAGACAUGGCCAUAGAUACCGAUACGGGUGCAAUUUACGUUAUUGGCGGCUGGGAUGGCAGUUCAACGCAUAAUCAUGUGACCAGGAUAACCAUGCCCGAGGACAUUUGUCAAUUGUGGAGCAGUGGAAAGUAUUUGUGUCGGCAUUAUAUGGGUUGUAGCUUCUGUACCAUCCAGAAUACGUAUAGCAGCAAUUCGCAUUGCUUUACCCAAGGGCGAGUGCCGUGUGCCAAUCACAAUGGCACUCUGGUGGUCAAUAAUGGAGCAGCCUGUUCGGAUGCCUGGAUGGCCAGUCGGAAUUGUUCGAGUUUCGGCAGUUGUAGUGCUUGCUUAGCCUCUUGGCCCACCCAUCAGGAAUUGACCCCGGUUUGCCAAUGGUGCGACGAUUGCGGCAUACGAGGCAGAUGUGUUCCAGCUGGCGUGGAUUGUGGACGCAGUAGCGAUUGGUGUCACAAUCAACUGAGUGUUGGAGUCUUGGGCUUGUGUCCGCUUCCGCAAUGUUAUCAACUGGGAUGCGAAACGUGUAUGCUGCAGCCGCAAUGCAAUUGGGCACGCAACGAAUUGGGCGUGGUGGAAUGCAUAUCCAAGGAAUUGGUGGAGAAGAAUCAAUACGCUUUAGUGGAGCAGUGUCCCACGCCCUGUCACACGCACACGAAUUGCACAUCAUGUCUGGCCGUGGGACAAGACCUCAAGGAUUGCAAGUGGUCAACCAUGUUGAAUUCAUGCAUUUCGCCAAGUUCUCAACCGCUCCUAUGUGCCGGAGGAGUUUGUGGUCUUGUCUUGGAGUCAAAUGAGUUGGAACGUUGCCCGGAACCUUGUCAUGUUUAUGGUAAAUGUUCGGAUUGCCUGCAGCAUGCCCAUUGCGGUUGGUGUGCCCGUGAGGGUUACAAUGGCGAUGGCAUUUGCACUGAGGGCGCCUUGGAGCAUAAACGGGAAUAUCCAUCCGGUUCGACAUGUGAUCUGAUCUAUGCCUCCUGGCGCAAUGAUUCGGAACCAUUGAGUCAUGCUGAUGUUGUGUCCUGGCAUUAUGUUCAAUGUCCCGCCGAGAAUGAAUGUAUUAAUGGCCAUCAUAGUUGUGAUGCCAUAUCGGAGCAAUGCAUCGAUCUGGAUUCAGCUGAAGGCUACAAAUGCACCUGUGCCCAGGGCUACAAAGAUGAGCAGGGCAUUUGUUCGCCCGUCUGUCAUCAGGGUUGUGUACGCGGCAAUUGCAUCAAACCGGACAUGUGUCAAUGCGAUUUCGGUUAUGUGGGAUCAAAUUGUAGCAUCCAAUGUCUGUGCAAUGGUCAUUCCGAUUGUGAGUCGAGUAGUUUGCUGGACAAUUGUCUGCAAUGUCAUAAUCACACAAUGGGAGCCCAGUGUGAGAAGUGUCAACCUCUGUUUGUGGGUGAUCCUCGUGAUGGUCACUCGUGUCAACCGUGUUUGGACUAUUGCAAUGGUCAUUCCGAUGUUUGUGUGGCCUAUGAUGCCGAUCCGGCUGUAUUUAAUAUGACACGUUCCGAAUUGGAGCGCAUUUUGCCCGAAGGACCAACACAUAAUGCCACUUGCUUGCGUUGCAGCAAUCACACGGAUGGAGAUCGUUGUGAUAGCUGUCUCCAGGGCUAUUUCCGUGGCAGUGAGGACUUGCAGAAGCCAUGCCGGCUCUGUCAAUGUCAUGGACAUGGCAAUGUCUGUGAUCCUGUGACUGGGGAGAAAUGCAAUUGUGCCAACAAUACGGAAAGUGAUGCCACUUGCACAGCGGGCGGUGGAAAGAAUUCCGCACAACUAUGCUGGAGUGUACAAUGCUCCAAGUGUCGGGACUCGUAUGCCGGCAAUCCCACCGAUGGCCAUCAGUGUUACAAACAAAUCACCGUGGAGUCGCGCAUGUGCUUCGAUGCCAAGCCCAUAGAGGAAUGCAAAUCGAAACCAGCUGCCCUAAAGCCUGGCCAAACUGUCUUCUUUGUCAUUCAGCCCAGAUUCAUGAAUGUGGACAUUAGGAUAAUAAUCGAUGUGACCCAAGGGGAAUUGGAUGUCUUUAUGUCACCGCAAGAUGAUUCUUUCAUUGUGGAAACGAAUGAUACAAGUGGCUAUCAUGAUAUAUUCCUGGACAAUCGUUACAAUUGGGGCCCGAAAAUGAAACGAGAUCAUCCGCUUAACAUUGCCUUGCCUCGUCAUGAUAAUGCCACAAUACAAAAGCUAUUCACUCCGGAACGUCGCAUCAGUGGCUUGGGCAGUGGAGGCGGCGGCGAGCGCAUUGAUCGUGGUGAUAGAGGUUCCAGCUCAUAUUAUAUACCACAAUUGCAGGAUUGCAAGAGUCAUGGUGGUCAUAGUUUCAUUGUCAAGGAUCAGCAUGCCAAGGACUUGAGCACACAUGUAACUCUGAAUCAAUGUAAUACUUUGUUGCGCCUUUUCGGCUUGAAGAAUCGUUUGGUCUUGACAUUGCCGCAACAUGCUCACAAUUUGAGUGCCACACGAUUUUUUAUUGCAUUACGUGCCAGUUCUGGUCCAGAGCCGAGUUAUGGUUCGGUGGUCUUUCGUCAGGAUCAAUUGCACAUUGAUCUCUUUGUCUUCUUUUCGGUGUUCUUUUCCUGCUUUUUCCUCUUCCUGGCCGUUUGUGUUAUCGUGUGGAAGGUUAAGCAGGCAGCUGAUUUGAGACGAGCUCGACGUCAACAUGUCGUUGAGAUGUUACAUCUGGCGAAACGACCAUUUGCCCAGAUAUUCCUUGCCUCCACUGCCGGUUUGGAUAUCGAGAGUCCUCAGCCAGCGACCACGAGCACUGGUACGUCAACAACAACACGUGCCAUGCGACAAAGGGCACGUCAAGCUUUGCUAAUGCAACAGGAGCAAGGAACAGAAAUGCAUCAACUUCACCACCAGCAGCAGCAUCACCAUCAUCAUCAACAUCAUCAUCAUCACCAUCAUCAUACACAUCAUAGCAAUCGUCGUUUAGCCACUGACAUUAUGCUGGUGGCCAUUGAACCAACUUAUGAUAAUCUUGCGGCAGUUGGAACAGUUUUUGUCAGUCUACCCGGACGUUCACGUGCUCCAUUGAGCAUUGCCAUGGGCUCGACAUUGAUUGCCUAUCCACGGCAAUAUCCACUCAAUGCGCGACAUUUUAUGCGUGCCCAACGACAUGGACAUGUUGGACAUCAUCAAGCCUAAAGAACAAACAAACACACACAUUACACACUGGCCAAAAUAGUAAAUUAUAUAUAUAUAUACAUAAACGUAUAUAUGUAUAUAGAUUAGGAAAUUUUUUGUACAUACUCUUUUUAGAUAACGAAAACUGCAAAAAAAAAAAAAAAAUAAUGGUACUACAAAUUACCACUUACAUUACUUCCAUAUUAUAUAUAUAUAUAUAUAUAUUUACAUACAGGGGUUAAUUCCAUGAUAAUAUUACAUCAAUCACUAUGAUUAGUUUGACGGAUCAUAAAUGUAUUUAACCCCCGUAUAUAAAGUACUUAUAUAAUUAUAUAACUAAAUAUACAGGAAUGCAGAUAAAUGUUAGUUAAAAUUAAGACGAAUUUUUAGUUGAAAAAACCCAGCUGAAAAUCUCCAUAUAUAUGUCUCGAAUUUGAACACGAUAUUUGAAACUAAAGUAUUUAUGUUUAGCCCAGUGCAUAAGAUAACCAAGUGAAAAGAAAGAAACAAACAGGCAAAUGGCAAAAUGAAAAACA